GCCCGCUGGAGGCCAACUUCACCGUGACACUCGUCUCCUCCGCCGGAAGCCGCGCUCUCCGAUAGGUGUUUUGGGGGUUGGCGACGGUUCCUCCCAGUGGCAGGUCUAUGGCUGCCAAGGCGGCAACCAUGGCUGCAACUUCGACGUUCAUGCUGAGGGGGGGGGUGAGCAGCCAAGUGGCAGUGGGGAAGACGCUGGGAGGAGAGGAAUGCCACGUGGCGCGUUCGUCGAGCUGCAGGCUGCAUGCAGUCAGAAGCUGGUCGACGGUUCGGACUCGGCGCGGAGCACUGCGCGCCGCGCGACGACACGCGUGCGACAAGAGACGACAAGCGACGUCGGUCGUCAGGGCGCAGUCGGCGGCAGUGGUAGAAGCGGAGAAUAGCGCGGCCGGCGCCGGCGGAGACAGCGUGGUGGCGGAGGUAGCAGAGCUGAAGGACGAGGGGGACACGGAGGGGGUUGCGCCCAAGGAAUCGUCCCCGGGCGCGCAGUCUGCGGGGCCAGCGCGCAAACGCUCUCCGCUGGAAAGAGGCGGGACGCUCAAGGGCACUUCCGCUGCGGGUAAAGACCCAGGCGCGUCGGCUACUGGCACCGCUGCUAUCUUCGCGAACAGGGGAAACUUCGCAGAUCCGCGAUGGCGGAACGGCACAUGGGAUUUGGCGCAGUUCACUCAGAAUGAAAAAGUCGAUUGGGACUCCGUAAUCGACGCCGGUUAGCUCUCUCUCUCUCUCCUGUCUCUUAUACACAUCUAGAUGUGUAUAAGAGACAG